AUAGGACAGCUGAGUCACCUGACACACACCGAAAUCCAAGAUGGCAGCGAAGGUGAUGAAAGCGGCCCGUUGUCCGACAGAUGAGCUGUCUCUGUCCAACUGUGCUGUUGUCAACGACAAGGAGUUUGAUGUGGAGAAGAUCAGACAUGUAGCAGUGAGGACUGGUCCUACAGACAAGUUUAUCUUUACUCUGAAGUCUCACAGCAGCGUUGUACCUGGUACCAUCGCCUUCAGUCUCAUACAGAGAAAAUGGGCCUCCUUGUCACUCAAUCAAGAAGUGGAAGUGACUCCCUACCGGUUCGACCCCAACACCCAGUACUUGAGUUCAGUCACCAUCAAUGUGGACUUUCUACAGAAGAAGGCGGCAAAUCAGGAUGCUUUUGACACGGACAAGAUGGCUGCCGAGUUUUUGAUGCAGUUUUCCAACAUGGCUCUCACAGUGAACCAAAUGAUGGUCUUCAGUUUUGCUGACAAGAAGCUGCUACAGCUAAUUGUUAAGGAUCAAGAAGCUGCUGAUCUGGCAGUGUUGAAGGGAGGACAGUCAUCUGGCAAGGCUAAGAAGAUCCAGACAGGCAUGUGCAUGUCCAACACUACAAUCAUCUUCGACAAGUCUCCAGACUCUCCUAUCAACCUGACUGGGAAGUCCAAGGGGAAGUCUGCUCGGCAGUCUAUCAUCAACCCAGACUGGGACUUCCAGAAGAUGGGCAUUGGUGGGCUGGACAGGGAAUUUUCUGACAUCUUCAGAAGAGCGUUUGCCUCCAGAGUGUUCCCUCCGGAGGUGGUGGAGGCCCUUGGUGGCAAACACGUGAAAGGCAUCCUCCUGUUUGGGCCGCCAGGUACUGGUAAGACCCUGAUGGCCCGAACCAUUGGUAAGAUGCUGAACGCCAGAGAACCAAAGAUUGUGAACGGUCCUGAGGUGCUGAACAAGUAUGUAGGAGAGUCAGAAGCUAACAUCAGACGACUAUUUGCCGAUGCAGAGGAGGAACAAAGACGGUGUGGACUGAACAGUGGCCUCCAUAUUGUCAUCUUUGACGAGAUUGACGCCAUCUGUAAGCAGAGAGGCAGCAUCUCGGGCAGUACCGGCGUACAUGACACAGUCGUGAACCAGCUGCUGUCCAAAAUAGACGGCGUGGAACAGCUGAAUAACAUCCUGCUCAUUGGUAUGACCAACAGACGAGACUUGAUUGACGAAGCCCUGCUUCGACCUGGUCGUCUGGAGGUGCAGAUGGAAAUCAAUCUACCGGAUGAGGCAGGAAGAAAGCAGAUCUUUGAGAUUUACGUGGCUAGGAUGCGGGACAAUGGGAAGCUUGCUCCCGACGUCGACAUCGAUGAACUGUCCAUCAUCAGUAAGAACUUCAGCGGUGCUGAGAUCGAGGGUCUGGUGCGGGCAGCACAGUCAACAGCCAUGAACAGACUCAUCAAGGCUUCUAAUAAGGUUGAAGUGGACCCAGAGGCAGCAGAGAAGGUCAUGGUCACUAAAAACGACUUCCUCAAUGCCCUAGAAAAUGAUAUCAAGCCGGCCUUUGGCCACCAAGCAGAGGUCUUUGAAAGCUACAUCCAGAAUGACAUCAUAUCUUGGGGCGACCCCGUGCACCGUGUGCUCGAUGACGGCAAGCUGCUGGUCGAGCAGACGAAAGUCAGCGAGAAAACACCGCUGGUCAGCGUACUGCUGGAAGGUCCAGCCAUGAGUGGUAAGACGGCGCUGGCUGCCAGGAUCGCAGAGUCUUCUGAGUUCCCCUUCAUCAAGAUCUGCUCACCAGAGAACAUGAUCGGCUUCAGCGAGAGCGCCAAGUGUCAGGCUAUCAAGAAGGUAUUUGAUGAUGCUUACAAGUCCCAACUCAGCUGUAUAGUGGUGGAUGACAUUGAAAGACUCAUAGACUACGUCCCGAUCGGACCUCGAUUCUCCAACUUGGUGCUGCAAGGGUUAAUUGUUCUGCUGAAGAAACCACCACCAAAGGGGCGGAAGUUGCUGAUUAUUGGCACCACAAGCCGACGGGAUGUUCUAGAGGAGAUGGAGAUGACAAACUCCUUCAACACCAACAUUCACGUUUCUAAUCUGUCCAAACCUGAGCAACUCAUGAAUGCUCUCGAGCUCCUUGAGUGUUUCUCCAAGAAAGAACUGGAUUCCAUUGCCAAAAAAGUUGAUGGGAAAAAACUCUGGGUCGGCAUUAAGAAGUUGCUGGUUCUGAUAGAGAUGGCGAGACAGACUGAUGAGGAGGUGCGGAUCCCGAAGUUCCUGUCUCUGCUGGAGGAGGAAGGAGGGUUGUCGAUGUCCUAUGUCUAGUGCAACUGGAAGGUGGCAGAAUAACAUAAUAUGCAACAACGCUUCAGCCAAUAAGUGUUUAACGAUAGCUUCUAGGUCAAUGUUAGCCACUACAGAUUGUCUCUGUUGACAUGUUUGUGAUUCAGUCAUGUAUGUUGUGGUAAUCAGAUUUAAAAAAUUUAGAUCUAACACUUUUCAAAUUCCUAAAACAAGGAUAACUCAAGUCCUGCGCUCACUAUAUGUUUAGCACAUGUAGUAGUAUGUUGCAAGUAAAAUACCCAAUGGUACUUUGUCAUUUGUGUUGGAGGCUUAUAACAAAUGAGCAACAUGAAAUUAAAGAAGCAUUUCUUUUUUAAGCAAUAAUUGGGAAGAAAAAUUGAGAUGAGCAAACUAUGCACAUGUUGCAGACAAAAUUUGCAUGAUUUCAGAUAACUAAUCAGGUAAACUAUUUAAGAACAAAAAUGUAUAGAUAUGUACUGCUCUUAGACUAGUGAAAUAUUUACAACGAGCUGUACAAUAAGAGAUUUUGAUGUGUGGGUUUAAAUGUGAUAUUUGUGACAUAAAGGUAACGUGAUGUCUAUGUGAUUUACCAAAUGUUACAUGUGGCAAAUAAGCAACUUAUAAAGCUAUCAUUCCUGUAGGUAGGUUAGACCCAGGUCACAUUGGUCAUGUGAUGGGUUCUGACAGGAAAUUGUGGGUGGGCUUGGGACACUCAAGGAUGAUACAAUAUCUUACAAAAUUCUGCUGUGGAAACGGUCAACAUUCUUACCAUUUCAAGUUCAGAGGUUACCUCAUGGCCAUGGGAGCUAGAAAAAACAUUUUGCUUUUCCAGUCCAAGCCAGAUUCUUGACAUUUUGGCAACCCACUUACCAACGUGUCAUUAUUGGACUCUCCUUAGCGUGUUUUCCUCCCUAAAAAACCUUAUUCUUGAUGAAAUUUGAAUUUGACACUGGCUCUGUAUUCUCCACAAAUUUGAUGAUUCAUUCAAAGCUAGUAAUAUUGGUAAAGGAAUUAUUAGCAAUAAUGACUGUCACAGUGCUGGUAAUGUUUCUUCCUGUCCGCACUGACUCAGUAUGUUGUUAGCUUAAGGAUAUGCCUCACACAGAGUAAACUACCUAGUUGAUGGUAGUUGAUGGUAGUUGAUUUGGUUUUUUUUCCUGGUCAGGAGAUAUAUACUUGUAUAUGGGACCAAGAGUCUUGCAAAUGCUGAAGAAUCUGUGUUGUAAAAGUCAUCUCAAUGUCGGACAUGUGUUUUAUUGCUAGAUGCAGAAUGAUGAUGAAAACCAAAUUAAAGAUAGAAAUCUAAACCAGA